UGCAUUAUGGGAAGGUCUCUCAGGCAUGGCUGACAAACCACUCGAACGUGUAUAACAAAAUCGUUACUCAAACAGUGAAGAUUUCGAGUUUCUUUACACCAACAACGAUUUAUUACAAUAAGAAAAAGAAGAUACAGCCAUGCCGCAAAACGAAUAUGUUGAACAGUCUCGGAAACGCCGUGGAUACAGACUCGAUCACUUCGAGAAGAAGCGUAAAAAAGAAAGUCGUGAGCCACAUACUCAUGCAAAGUAUGCCCACAAACUCCAUGGCCUCAAGGCCAAGAUGUAUAAUGAAAAGCGCCGCCUUGAAAAAAUACAGAUGAAAAAGACACUAAGAAUGCAUGAAGAACGCCAGACAAAGACAAAAGACAGCCAAAAUGUACCAGAAGGUGCAGUUCCUGCAUAUCUGUUGGACAGAGAAGGGCAAUCACGAGCAAAGGUGCUCAGUAAUAUGAUCAAACAAAAGAGAAAGGAGAAAGCGGGAAAAUGGGAUGUACCACUUCCUAAAGUAAAAGCUGUUGGGGAAGAUGAAGUUUUCAAAAUUGUCAAAACAGGGAAGUCCAAAAAAAAAGCAUGGAAGAGGAUGGUAACCAAGGUCUGUUAUGUUGGGGAAGGGUUUACAAGGAAACCCCCAAAGUAUGAGAGGUUUAUCAGACCAAUGGGUUUAAGAUUCAAGAAGGCUCAUGUCACGCACCCUGAGUUAAAAGCAACAUUUUGUCUUCCUAUUAUUGGAGUGAAAAAGAAUCCCCAGUCACCAAUGUACACACAACUAGGAGUCAUAACAAAAGGAACUGUUGUUGAGGUCAAUGUUAGUGAACUUGGCUUAGUAA